AUGGCUAUCAAAGAGAUGGCGCACGCUGUUGGUGACUCGAACGGCACAAAUGGCCUUGACACCGAGGGCUCCUUGACAUCCUUCAAGAAUCUAUACCAAGGUCCGGCCGACAACAAUAAGAAAUGGACCUGGCUUGACAAGGAACCCGAAGACGUCCCUGAUGCUGCGGAGAAUGAACAGACAGCUCAGCACGCCAUCAUCACACGCCUACAAAAGGCUAACGACUCACGCAAAAAGUUCGAACUCCACUCCAUCAUCAUACAAUCACCCCAGCUGAAAGAUUCUCUCGCCGAGAUCCUGCAGGACUAUCCUGGCAUCCAUUGUGGACUGAGGAGGUUAGAAUUCGAGGCACCGUUUAGUCCAUUCGUCCAUCGCUGGUCGCAGCUUAUCGAAUACAAGGCUAGGAAAGAUCUUGACGAGACAACAGCACAACACAUAGAACUGCUUUACAACGUACUGAGAGUUGAGCUCAACGAUGUCAUCACGACGUUGGAUGACUACGUUGACCAUGGUAUCGUGGAUUUCGACCAUGUCUGGACUAUCUUUCAGCCUGGCUCGAUCAUUUAUUCCGGUUCUCAUCACGGUACAUACGGAGCUUACAGGCUCCAGUCCGCAAAAUACAUGAAAACUCAAUGUGGCAGGGUAUAUUCGCUAAGCCUCGAGGCAGUCGAUUUCAACGGUACUGUAUUCGGGCGAUCAACUACACAAUUUUCUAUCAGGGAGUUCAUUGGUACAGUUCCCAUUACCGGUCUCUCAGCAUUCCCGUUAUCGUUGCAUCCCAAACAAGACGAGGUUAAGGAACUGCUUGUUGCUCGCGGCAAAAAGUUCGAAGCAGUGGCAGGCCGCCAUCACAAGGAGUAUAACGGCUUCGCAGUCUCGUGGAACAAGGAAGACAAGGAAAUUCCCUUUACCUGCAGCGGCCGCAUCAUCAUAGACUCGAACAGCUUUGGGCUCUUUUCCAAUCGCUACUUUGGAAAUAGCGCGCCCAUCCCCGCUAAAGAGGGUGCGCCAGAGCCCGGGUGCGUCGUGAAAGAGGUCGACACCGAUGAUCUCAAUGACACGGCAUACGUCUUUGGCAAGCAGGCAAAGACAGAGCAGAUUCGUCUUACUGAACAACAUCAUCUGAUCUGCCUGUCUCGAGUCCGUGGAUAUUCCCUCAGGAAAAAAGAGUGGCUGCUCUUCUACCUCGACCAGAUCAAAGACAUUGACUUCAACACAAACGCAUUCGAUUCCCUCGUCCUUCCCCCCGACCAAAAAGAACUCAUCCUAUCCUUUGCAGAAUCGCAAGCCAUGCAGAGCACCCCCUUCGACGACGUCAUCAGCGGCAAGGGACGCGGCCACAUCACGCUCCUCAGCGGUCCCCCCGGGGUAGGCAAGACACUAACCGCCGAAUCCGUCGCCGAGCACAUGCGCGCACCGCUCUUCAUGAUGUCGUCAGCCGACCUGGGCCUCAACCCCGAUAAAAUCGAAAGCAACCUAACCGACAUCCUCGAAAUGGUCGCAACGUGGAACGCCGUCCUCCUCCUCGACGAAUGCGACGUGUUCCUCGAAGCCCGCUCCACACACGACCUCGAGCGCAAUAAACUCGUCUCUAUCUUCCUCCGCGUCCUCGAGUACUACGAGGGCCUGCUCUUUCUGACUACGAAUCGCGUGGACAAUAUCGAUGCGGCGUUCCAGAGCCGGAUUCAUAUCAGCAUCGCGUACCCGGCUUUGACGGUGGAGUCUAGACGCCAUAUCUGGGAGAACUUCAUCGUUGGCUUGGAUUUGCAGCAGGAUUGGCGCAAGGAGGAUCUGGAUGAACUGGCAAUGGUGAUGUUGAACGGGCGGCAGAUCAAGAACGUGCUGAAGAGUGCGGCGCUGCUGGCUGCGAGGAAGAAGGAGGUGCUCAGUAGGAAAUACGUCGACAUGGUGUUGACGAUUGAGGGGAAGAGACCUGGUGUGGCGGAGAAGUUUUAG